UUAACUUGCGGCUUCUUUUAUCAGCUUCUCUCUGUAUAUAACAAGACCCAUCAAAUCUCAUCUUCUUCAUUAUCUAACUUCACAACACACAACACAACUCUCCAUUUUUACAAAACUUAAUAAACUAAAGAGUUUUCUCCAUUCCAAAAAAAAAAAAAGAUGAGUUCAACUAGCAAAGCAUGGUUGGUGGCAGCAAGCAUCGGAGCCUUGGAAGCGUCCAAGGAUCAAUUCGGCAUAUGCCGGUGGAACUACUUGAUCCGAUCUGUGAAUAAACGUAUCAAGAACAACGUGAGAUCGGCUUAUCAGGCGAACAGGUUCUCUUCUUCGUCCGCCACCGCUGCUGCCUCCGUUAAGGAUGACAACAAGGCCAAGCAAGCUGAAGACUCUCUUAGAACGGUUAUGUACUUGAGCUGUUGGGGUCCUAACUAAUGUACCCAUCCAUGUAACAAUGAUUCUACUUUUUUUUUUUUUUCCAAACAAUGAUUCUACUUGUACAUAAUAACGUUGAUGAAUUCAAAUAGAUAUAUGAAAUUUUUUGAUACAA